AUGAAGAAUUGUUAUAUAAGAGCAAAGCAAAAUCCAAAAAUAGAGAGAUAAAUCAACCAUCAACAUGCACCUCCAGACUCUUUUUAAGGAUCAUUUAGUGGUUGAAUAAUCUUUAUAUUAUUAGAUUCGAGUAUUUGUAACGUUGAUGACACCUGUAGAGAACAAUAAGCAAUUGAAAUUAAGUAAGUGACUUUGUAGAAUUUCUAAGCAAAUAAUGUUGAAAUUGUUUUACCUAAAAAGAAAGAGAAGAUAUUUAGUUCAAAACUGAAAACAUGCUUCGAUUAGUAAUAUGUAGAAAACUUUGCAGUAAGUAAAAUGACACCUGGAAUCUCGGAACAUAAAAUAAAAAACCCAUUUCAAAGUACUUAAUAACCAGUCAGAAAGUUGAGUGAUAUCCAAAGUGUCACUGACAAAGAAUCGUAAUCCAGAUAAAGUAGUUAAAGGGAUUUAAAUUCUUAAAAAGAAUCAAAACAAAAUAUAAAUGUCAUCAAAUAAAUAUCUGUUGCAAAUAAAAUUGAUAGAUCUAAAGUUGCUGCUAGCUAUAGUUAAUUGGCCUCAAAAUUAUACUGUGCUGACUAAUCUCCUUAAAUCAUUCACAACCCAUAAAAACUCUAAGAAAAAGCCUCGAUAGUUCAUCAAUCAUUAACCAAACUUCACACUGUCCAAAAUCAUCUACUAACCUCUCCCAUUGAUAAUAAUGCAUCCCCAAAGUCUUCUAAUUAAAAAUAUAUAUUGUCUGAAUAAAGUGAGUGCUUCCAAGAUUUACUUAAAGAUAAAAAGCAGCCCUAACAAUCAACCUAAUUAACUUAAACCUAAUAAGAUUAAUCUCAUAGAUAAAUUGAAAAAAUCUUAUCUGAAAAUGAGAUUUUAUUUAAGCAACAGAAUAAUGGCAAAUAAUAAAUAUUUACUGAAGGAAUAAAAAGUGAAGCUAACAUUAUUAGACAGCCAAUAAUUGCGUUUAAGAAACACAACACAAUCAUUAAUUUCAAACAUAUUAUUCAGAGCAUGCUUAAUAAUGAUGUAUCUAAGUUCUAAUCGCUAAUGAAAGGUAUAUACAAUCAUAUAAAUUAGAUAGUAAAUUUUAGUAUUUAAAUCAAUAUGACAUCUUGGGAAAUACGAUUUUAAUAACUAUAAUAAAAUUGUAUGGGUUCCAUAAGAAAUAUGAUGAAUUAUUGAAGGAAAUAUUAAAGAUGAAUCCAGACCCAUUUAUUAAAAACAAAUUAACAGGAUGGUCAGCAAUGGAUGAAUCUCUUUCCUAAAGAUCAAUAUAUGCAACAGCCCUAUUAUUCUAGCAAUGCUACAGAAAUAAAAGAAAUGAGUUUUUAAACUAAUUUCAUGAACUAUCAACUGUAUUACAAUAGGUUCCCAAUUUUCAAUUAGAUAUGAAUUGGAAUUUUGACAGUCCUUUACCUUUUAUCAAAUUAUUAGCUCCUAAUGAUACCAUUAAAUUAUACAAAUAUAAAUAAUAAUUAAGAUUAGAUAGUACACUUGUAGGUUUUUCUAAAUUGCAAUGCAAACGGAGAAACAUGUCUCUGUUGUUUAAACAAAAUAAAUUAUUUUAAAUUAAUAGAUCCAAUCAAUUUUACACAGAUCCUUUGGAAGAACUAGAUACAGAAGAGAAAAAAUUAAUUAUUUAUGAUAUUUUACACAGUGAACCCGUGAGUGGAGCAUUGGAUAUAACAAGUUGCACAAUCAAAUAAUGCGUAGAUUGGAGGGGCAGAAAGAUAAUUGAAUAAGUAGGACAGUAUUCUUGUGAAAAGUAUUCAUUGUUAUUAGAUAGAGAUUUGAUUUAAAGAUUACAUAUAAAAGUUCUUAUUUGAAGAAAAGUAAUGAUACUCAAAUCAAAUUUGCUGUUGAGAGAGAGCUGUACGAAGAUUGGAUAUUAAAUGACGUAUUGCCUAAUACAGAUCUACUUUUAAAUUAGAAACCUAAAGAAUAGAAUGAAACUAGGACAAUAUCCCUAUGGAUUUGCAAGAAUCACUCACUUCAAUUUAAGGAUUUUGCCAAUAUUGUGUCUCUAUUGGCGAAAGGUAAUCAUUUAAUGGAGAAGUUGAAUGGGUUGUUUCAAAGACCAGAGAUGCAGGAGAUUAUUGAAUUAAACGGAUUUCCAAUUAAGGUGCAGAUUCCUUUCCAAUUUUCAAUCCAUGCCACCAUUUAAUGCUGCAAUUUUGUGUCUCUAGAGAAUGCAGAUGAAUUAUUUACCAUUCCGAAUAUUAAAUAUAUGCCGAGAAAGGAAGCAUAAAAAAUACUUCAGACUAAAAAAAAAAGAUUAUUGUUAGCGAAUCUAUAUUUGUGA